GUUUCAGUUCAGGAAGAGGGGAAAAAGAAAGGGGGAUCGAGAAGAGAAGAAGAGAGUCUCACAGCUCGUGAAGAGAGAGGGAGACGUAGAAAAAGAGGAAAGAGAAAGAUGUUUUGUCCUGAUUUGUCUGUGGAGGGUAGGCUUGUCCAAAGCCCAGAGAAAUCUGCUGCCUUGUUGUCUCUGAGUUGUUGGGGAAAACCUUGUCCUUUUUGAUGGACUCUCCAAGGCCUCUCCUCCUGGCCAACAGCUUUUUAACCACAUCACACAUUCACUCCAUUUCUUCUCUUAAUUGAUUGAUUUUCAUGAACCCAUAAUACUCUCUCUCUCUCUCUCUCUCUCUCUCUCUCUCUCAAGAAGCAUUCCAAAGUGAGGAAAUUCAAGGAAAAAGUAUCCAACCAUUAGUAGAAACAAGGAAUGAAUAGUGUUUCUUGCCAAGAAACAGGUUACUCUGAGUUUGUUGAAGUUGAUCCUACUGGAAGAUAUGGAAGGUAUAAUGAAAUUCUUGGCAAAGGAGCUUCAAAGACAGUUUAUAGAGCGUUUGAUGAGUACGACGGGAUUGAAGUAGCCUGGAAUCAGGUGAAGCUUCAUGAUUUCCUGCAAAGGCCUGAAGAUCUAGAGAGAUUGUACUGUGAAAUUCAUUUGCUCAAGACCUUGAAACACAACAACAUCAUGAAGUUCUACACUUCCUGGGUAGAUACUGCAAAUAGGAACAUCAAUUUUGUCACCGAGAUGUUCACCUCUGGCACUCUCAGACAGUAUAGGCUAAAACACAAGAGAGUUAACAUUAGAGCAGUAAAGCACUGGUGUCGGCAGAUCUUGAAUGGUCUUCUGUAUCUGCAUAGCCACAACCCCCCUGUAAUCCACAGAGAUUUGAAGUGUGACAACAUUUUUAUCAAUGGGAACCAAGGGGAAGUCAAGAUUGGGGACCUCGGCCUCGCUGCAAUCCUCCGUAAAUCACACGCUGCUCGCUGUGUCGGGACACCAGAGUUCAUGGCACCGGAGGUUUAUGCAGAGGAAUACAAUGAAUUAGUCGACAUAUACUCAUUUGGGAUGUGCAUACUGGAAAUGAUCACUUUUGAGUAUCCUUAUAGUGAAUGCACCCACCCUGCUCAGAUCUACAAGAAAGUUGUCUCUGGGAGAAAACCGGAUGCCUUGUACAAAGUUAGGGAUCCUGAAGUACGAGAAUUUGUUGAGAAAUGCUUAGCAUCGCUGUCUUGCAGGCUCUCGGCUGAGGAGCUUCUGAAGGAUCCAUUUCUACAAAUUGACAAUUUUGGAACUGAUUUGAGGCCAAUAGACUAUUGCAGAGAUUUCAAUGAAGUAGGCUCUCUUUUAAGACAGCCUCUCUUAGUAAAUCAUCAUAGCAACUACUCAUUGAUCAAUACUUGCUCGAAUUAUCCUGGUUAUGAACCUCAAAAUAAUCUGGAUUACUGCCAAGUUGAGUUUGAACCAAAUGAAAUGGAUCUCUUCACGAGUCUAGUAGAGGAUAAAAAGAAGGAAAAUGUUGAAAUUACCACCAAGGGGAAGAGAGAAGAUGACGGCGUCUUCCUGAGGCUCAGGAUUGCGGAUAAAGAAGGACCUGUUCGAAACAUCUACUUCCAUUUUGACAUUGAAACUGACACGGCAUUAAGUGUCGCGACUGAAAUGGUAGCCGAGCUGGAUAUCACUGACCAGGAUGUGACCAAGAUAGCAGAUAUGAUCGACAGGGAGAUAGCUUCAUUGGUGCCAGAGUGGAAGAGGGGACUAGGCAUAGAAGAAACUCCUGGUGGAACAGGUAUGAGCUAUUGUCACAAUUGUGCUUGUAAUGGCGCUGACACGAAGAACCUGCAAGUUCUUCAUUGUUCUCAAAAUGGAUGCACGGCUGUGCAUGGCCGCUUUGAGGAGAUAACAUACCAGGUUGAUGGUUCAGAAGAGUGUGUUACAGAAGGUGCGCCGGCAGCAUCAAGCCAAUCUGAUGGCAUACAGUACGCUGACAUGUGGGCUCAACAUGAAGGACCUGAAAUAAGCUCAGAAGGGUCAGGGGAUAUCGACUCUGACAGCGAGCACGAUGAGCAGUCUGACUUAAAGGAGGACAAGCAAGUUAGCAUGAACAAGACUAGUAAAUCGAAUGAGUUGAACAGGUCUCUCCCCUCAAAUCAUGAAGUAGCUCAUGCUUUUGAGGAGGAUUAUGAGAAUGAGAUAAGGAAAGAACUGAGGUGGCUCAAGGCAAAGUACCAAAUACAGCUGAGAGAGCCUAGAGACCCCCAAUUUGGAGUUGCAACAAAAUCUUCGAGCUUAACUCUCAAUUCAUGCAAAGGACAACACAAUAAUGACAUGUCAUCGGUUUCAACCCCUCUAGACGAAUCGAGCAGCAGAGAUUUGCCGAUAUCUUUUGCUUCCGGGAAGCAUUUCACUUCAUAUUUUCCCACCGGUGACGACAAUAAAUGUUCACACCAAAAGAGUCCUGAUUUUGGGGCUGCUUCUGGCCCGGAGCAAAUGGCAACUGCCAAGGGUUUCUACGCAGGAGCCUUGCUUCCAAGCUCACUUCACAGGGCAGCAUCUCUUCCUGUUGAUGCUGUACAUUUCUAGGAUUUGACUGGCAAGCUGCCUCUCUGCAUUUGAUGGGAAGAAGAUCAUGGUUAUAUAUUACUUGUAGAAGCUCUCAUAUAUAAUAUAUGUGCAGUGUUUACAGCUUGUAGAGUCUCAAAAGUCCGGUGAAAAUAGCCUUUUUAGUGAGGCAAAAUAUAUGUAUGUAUGUAUCUGCAUUGCUCCCCCUAACACUAUAUAGUACAAAUGAGUUCUCUGAAUCCCCUCAUCUCUACUCCCACAAUUAGGGUGGGCAAUUUUGAUUUGACCUCACAUGUAUUCAUUUGUACAGGUUGGAGUGCAUGGAUCCAUUCGCCAUAGAGAUUAUCAAUAAAGUUAUUUUCUUGAGAGU